AUGAUGGAGAUCAUUCGUCUGCUUGCUCAUCAACCGGAAAGUCUCAGAUAUGAUGUGAUAUUUUUGUUCAAUGGAGCUGAAGAGUCAAGUUUGCAGGGGGCUCAUGGUUUUAUUACCCAACACCAGUGGCGACAUGUAGUGCGCGCUUUCAUUAAUUUGGAAGCCAGUGGAAGUGGUGGGAGAGAACUACUCUUCCAAGCUGGUCCUGCAAAUCAAUGGCUGCUGAACUCGUACCUAGCUGCAGCUGUACAUCCACAUUGCUCAAUCAUAGGUCAAGAAAUUUUCCAAAGUGGUCUUUUCCCGGGAGAUACAGAUUUUCGCGUUUUUCGAGAUCACGGCCGAGUUCCCGGACUGGAUCUGGCAUUUGUGCAAAAUGGCUAUUGGUGGCAUACAGAGUUUGACGAAGCUAGGAGAAUUACUCCGGGUUCACUCCAGAGAGCAGGUAAGUUGAACUUAUUAUCGGAAAAUUAUUCUCAUAAUUAG